AUGCUUUCAGCGUUAUGUGGGAGAAGAUGUUUCCUUGGCUUCAGUGUGAAAGUGCAACGUGAAUUUCGUUUCCCUACUGUAAAAUGUGAAACUAUUGUGGCAGAUUAUAAUGAAGUGACACCACCAGAGACCAGUGGUGUAUUAAGCUAUCUUGGAACACUAAUACUACCCGACUUUGUGUAUUUACUCGGUGCCAUAAUGGGUGCUUUUGUGGCUGCUGUUAUGAACGUUUAUAUUCCUUUGUACCUCGGUGACUUUGUCAACGCCCUGUCAAAAUGUGCAGCUAGUAGGGAAGGAUUUAUUGCAGCCGUCUACAUCCCUACACUUAGAUUAUGUUCUUCCUAUAUUCUUCAGUCAUUAUCCACAUUUUUGUACAUUGGACUUUUGGGAUCUGUCGGAGAACGCAUGGCUAAACGUAUGCGCACUGAAUUGUUUCAGAAAUUAAUUUAUCAGGAUGUGGCCUAUUUUGAUGUGCAUAGUUCUGGUAAACUAGUAGAAAUUAUUGGGUCCGAUGUUCAAAACUUUAAAAGUUCGUUCAAGCAGUGCAUUUCACAAGGUCUACGUAAUGGCAUCCAAGUUGUUGGUUCUGUAUUCGCAUUACUGAGUAUAUCUCCUACUCUAACGGCUGCUCUUUUGGGUUGUUUACCAUGUGUUUUCUUGAUUGGAAGUUUAAUGGGCACUGAACUUCGUCUGCUUAGUCGAGAAGCUCAAGCUCAGAAUUCUCAGAUAGCCUCAUUAGCUGAUGAAGUAUUCAGUCAUAUAAGAACAGUGAAAUCAUUGACAUUAGAAGAUUUACAAAUUGAGAAAAUGAAUUAUGAUAUUGAUAAGGCUAGAAGACUUAGUGAAAAACUUGCCUUUGGAAUUGGUUCCUUUCAAGGUCUCUCCAACUUAGCCCUGAAUGGUGUUGUACUUGGAGUAUUAUAUAUUGGUGGUCAUUUAAUGUCUCGAGGUGAAUUAGACCCUGGUCAUUUAAUGUCAUUCCUGGCUACUACACAAACACUGCAACGUUCACUUUCUCAGUUAUCUUUACUCUAUGGUCAUAUAGUUCGUGGAUCUACUGCACUGAAGCGUAUUCAUGAGAUAUUAAAACUACCCAGUGGAAUAGGUAGUAUGGCAUCUUCAGAAUCAUCAUCAUCCAUAAAUAAUAACAAGUAUAUGAAAGAAAUGAAUGAAUUAGUCUAUUCUACGGCACCAAGCAUAACCUUUGCAAAUGUUCAAUUCGCUUAUCCUAAUCGUCCAGAAAGUGAUGUGUUGAAGCAGUUGUCAAUGAAUUUACCCGGUGGUAAAGUAAUAGCGUUAGUUGGCCAGUCUGGUGCAGGUAAAUCAACUGUUGUCUCUCUGCUAGAAAGAUUUUAUGAUCCAAAAGCUGGUGAAAUUUUGGUAAAUAACUAUAAGUUAACUGAUUUCAAUGUGAAUUAUUUACGUGGUAAACUAAUUGGUUAUAUUAGUCAAGAACCACAAAUAUUCAAUGCAUCAAUAAGAGAGAAUAUUCGAUUUGGUCGCCUUGAUGCAACCGAUGAAGAGGUUGAAGAAGCAGCUAAAUUAGCACAUAUUCAUGAAUUCAUCACACGUGACUUACCCUAUGGAUAUGAUACACAAGUUGGUCAAGGUACUGGUUCAACAGCUGGUUUAAGCGGUGGUCAACGUCAACGGAUAGCUAUAGCACGUAUUCUAUUGAAAAAUGCUCCAAUUUUAUUAAUGGACGAGGCUACAUCAGCUUUAGAUGCAGAAUCUGAAGCGAAAGUACAAGAAGCAUUAAACUUUGCUAUGAAAAAUCGUACAGUCUUAAUCAUUGCACAUCGAUUGAGUACAGUACGUAAAGCUGAUCUAAUCCUGGUUAUGUCUAGAGGACAAAUAGUUGAGAAAGGAACGCAUACAGAAUUGAUGGCUAAUCAUGGUUUCUAUUAUAAUCUUGUACAAAGACAAGAAGGUCGAGAUUUAUUAGAAUAG